CCAGCCAAUGCGGAGCCCGGCGGGGAGGUCACGUGCCGCUGUUUGGCGCUUUUGUGCGCGCCCGGGUCUGUUGGUGCUCAGAGUGUGGCCAGGCGGCUCGGACUGAGCAGGGUUUUCCUUGCCAGUGAAUCGUGUAGAGUACACUGCCAGUCUCUUGUCUUCUCUUCACCAUGGCUUCUUCUGAUAUCCAGGUGAAGGAACUGGAGAAGCGUGCCUCAGGCCAGGCUUUUGAGCUGAUUCUCAGCCCUCGAUCAAAAGAAUCUGUCCCAGAAUUUCCCCUUUCCCCUCCUAAGAAGAAGGAUCUUUCCCUGGAGGAAAUUCAGAAGAAAUUAGAAGCUGCAGAAGAAAGACGCAAGUCCCAUGAAGCUGAGGUCUUGAAGCAGCUUGCUGAGAAAAGGGAGCACGAGAAAGAAGUGCUUCAGAAAGCGAUAGAGGAGAACAACAACUUCAGUAAAAUGGCGGAAGAGAAGCUGACCCACAAGAUGGAAGCCAACAAAGAGAAUCGGGAGGCACAAAUGGCUGCCAAACUGGAGCGUUUGCGAGAGAAGGACAAGCACAUUGAAGAAGUGCGGAAGAACAAAGAAUCCAAAGACCCUGCUGAUGAGACUGAAGCCGACUAAUUUGAUCUGAGAACUGACUUUCUCCCCCUCCCCUUCCUAAAUAUCCAAAGACUGUACUGGCCAGUGUCAUUUUACUUUUGCCCUCCUGACAAAUAUUCUAGAAGCUGAUGUAGGACUGUAUAGGUAGAUCCAGACGGUAUGAUGUUGUUCUAGGGGCUAAAGGGGAGAAACGAAAAGUGUUUUACUCUUUUUCUAAAGUGUUGAAGUCUUUCUAAUGUAGCUAUUUUUCUUGUUGCAUCUUUUCUACCUCAGUACACCUGGUGUGCUGGGUUAAUGGCUAGUACUGUAUUGGCUCCGUGAAAACAUGUCUGUGAAAAGAGUAUGUAGUGGCUUCUUUCAAAUUGUUAGAUGCUGAAUAUCUGUUCACUUUUAAAUCCCAAUUCUGUCCCGAUCUUACAGACGCUACUGUACUUGAAUGGUUAAUAAAGCUGCACAGUGCUGUUGGUG